AUGUCGUCCAUCCGCUCGCGCGCCCCCUCGAUGCUGCUCCCCACCAAGCUCGGUACCUCCGGUCGUCUGGGUGCCGCUGCCCGCCGCCUCUCUUCCGGCCAGCCCCAGGCUGCUCGCGAUGUUGAGAAGCGCCUUCGUCUGCCCGAGUACCUUCUCAAUGUCCCCCCGACGCAGGUCACUGCCCUCCCCAACAAGUUCCGCGUUGCUUCCGAGCACAAGCACGGCGAGACCGCCACCGUGGGCGUGUGGAUCGAUGCCGGCAGCGUGUGGGAGACUGCCGAGAACAAUGGUGUGGCCCAUUUCCUCGAGCAUCUGGCCUUCAAGGGCACCAAGAACCGCACCAAGGAGCAGAUCGAGGUCGAGAUCGAGAACAUGGGCGGCCAGCUCAACGCCUACACGUCUCGCGAGCAGACUGUGUACCACGCUCACGUGUUCAAGAAGGACGUGCCCAAGGCUGUCGAGAUUAUCUCCGACAUCAUCCAGAACUCCAACCUCAAGGAGGACGAUGUUGAGCGCGAGCGUGGCGUCAUCCUGAGGGAGAUGGAGGAGGUGGAGAGCCAGACCGAGGAGGUCAUUUUCGAUCACCUGCAUUCCAUCGCCUUCCAAAACACCUCGCUGGGCUACACCAUUCUCGGCCCGGAGAAGAACAUCAAGAAGAUCAAGAGGGAGGACCUCGUCUCCUACGUCGGCAAGCACUACACCGCCCCCCGCAUGGUCCUUUCCGCCGCCGGUGCCGUCGACCACGACGAGCUCGUCAAGCUGGCCGAGAAGCACUUCAGCGGCCUCUCGUCGGAAACCAACGUCGACUACUCCAACCGCGAGAAGCUCUUUGACUUCACCGGUUCGAUGGUGCAGGUGAGGGACACCAGCAUCCCGCUCGUCCACACCACCGUGGCCGCCAAGAGCGUCGGCUGGUCCGACCCGGACUACUUCACCUUCCUCGUGCUCCAGCAGCUCGUCGGCAGCUGGGACCGUUCGCUCGGCGGCGCCAAGAACCUGAGCUCCAACCUGGCCGAGACCUUCGCCACCGAGGAGCUGGCCCACAGCCUCAUGUCCUUCAACACCUGCUACCACGAGACCGGCCUCUUCGGCGCCUACUUCGUGGGCGAGAUGGAGCGCACCAGCGACGCCAUCUUCGAGGUGCUGCGCGAGUGGGUGCGCAUCGGCUCCGGCGUGUCCGAGGUCGAGGUCGAGCGGGCCAAGAACAAGCUCAAGUCCACCUACCUCAUGCAGCUCGACGGCACCCAGGCCGUGGCCGAGGACAUCGGUCGGCAGCUGCUCACGCUCGGCCGCCGCAUGCCCGCCGCCGAGGCCUUCAUGAGGAUCGACGCCAUCGACGCCAAGAAGGUGCGCGAGGUCGCCUACACCUACCUCAACGACGUCGACGUCGCCGUUGCCGCCUCGACUCUGGCCUCUUCCCCGACUACAACGUUCUCCGAGGCUGGACCUACUGGAACAGGCUCUAAGCCCGCUGAACGCGUGCCCGAGCCCUCCCCCCCAAUCCUUCACUCACCCACCAGCAACCACCACCACCACCACCACCAUACUACUAAACUAUUCGCCCCCGUCCACCCGUCAAUCUCUCAACACAACGCCCUUUCUGUCUUGGCCACCGCCAGCUUUCGCUUCCUCCCUGUCCACCCAAAACGUAGACAGCUGCACGGGGUCUACUCGGUGGUGGCCUUUGUGCUGCCCGACACCCUCCAAGCGUAG